AUUGAAGCUCACCCACCCGCUGCGUAUCCCCGACACAGACACACACACACACAUACACACACCCACACACGCGCGCACACACACACCCGCCGCCAUGUCGCGCCCGCUCUCUCUCUUCAGCAUCCAGGCGAUCUUGGUCCUCGCCAUUGACGACGGCUCGCGCAUCCUCACCAAGUACUACUCCAAUCCCCACCCUCCCCAGGGCAGCCAGGCCAACCAGGCCGACUACCCCGGCCAGAUGGCCUACAAGACCGUAAAGGACCAGAAGGCGUUCGAGAAGGGGCUGCUGGAGAAGACGGCGAAGCAGACCACGGACAUCAUCCUGUACGACCAGAAGGUCGUGGUCUUCAAGAUGGAGUCAGACGUGAUGCUCUAUGUAGUAGGCAGCGCCGAGGAGAACGAGAUUCUGCUGUACAGUGUUGUUCUUGCGCUGCGAGACUCGCUCAACAUCCUCCUGAAGAACUCGGUCGACAAGCGCACGGUUAUCGAGAACUACGACCUGGUGUCGCUUGCUGUCGAUGAGCUCGUGGACGACGGUAUCAUCCUUGAGACCGACCCCGUAAUCGUCGCCUCGCGUGUCAGCAAGCCGCCUGCGCAGGACAUGACGUCGAUGAAGAACAUCGACCUUUCAGAACAGGGCUUGAUGAACAUGUGGGACUUUGGAAAGAGGCAGCUGGCCGAGCGGAUACGGCAGGGACUGUGAUUGGACUAUGGAAAGGGCAUGGCGUUGCAGGCGUUCUCAAUGGCAAAAUGAGCAUAGCAGUUGGCAUCCUCGAUGACUGCAGCAUGAUAGACCGGUAGGACGGCGCAUCUUAUUCGAAUGCAGAACUCCCACAUCCCCACUGGCUUGCACAGAGUGGUGAAGACGAGAGC